AUGUUGAAUGUUGACGUGAUUGGGAACAAAAAAAGGAAGAGAUGUGGGAGGGUUUUCAGGUUCAAGAACUUCGGUGAACCCGGAUACCCUGUUAUGUUUAGUGGGCCAUUUCGUGAGAAUGUGAAUGCAUUGCUGGAAUAUGCAAAUUUGGAGAGUGAUUUAAGCAUGCCAAUGUGGUCUUUUCAACUUGAAGUUCAUCACCACCCACCUUUGCAUAUCUUGUUGUUUGUGAUUGAAGAGCCAAUCGAGGCAGUGCUGAAUCGCCAUUGCAAGCAUUGUCAAUACGUUGGCUGGGGAAACCAUUUGAUCUGCAACAAGAAGUAUCACUUUGUGUUACCCUCAAAGGUGGCACUUGGAAGCUGCAGGAACUGUGAAGGGUGCUGUGAUGCAAUUGCUUCAAUAAAUAAUGGUAAGUCAAAAUUAAUUGAAUUACAGGGUCAUAUGAUGCAUGGUGUUUUUCACUCUAAUGGGUUCGGCCAUUUGCUAUGUGUCAAUGGAUUGGAAAUGGGUUCAAAUUUGGCUGGAAACCAGAUCAUGGACUUUUGGAACCGUUUGUGCAAGGGAUUGCAAGCAAGGAAGGUGAGUUUGAAUGACAUUUCACGAAAGAGAGGGAUGGAACUAAGACUUGUGAACGGAAUAGCAUACAAUGAGUCAUGGUUCAGUGGUUGGGGUUACAAAUUUGGUCGAGGAAGCUUCGGUGUAACUGAAUCGAUGUACCACAAGGCCAUGCAAGCAAUCAGAAGCAUGCCAUUAUAUUUGAUCAUACACCACAUCACCAAUUCCAACCAUGGCAUUGCACUCAUCUUCUCAAGGUACCAAACACUUUCAAAUCACUCCCUUAUAACCCUUGGUGACCUAUUUUGUUAUAUGUUAGACCUCAAAUCACGCCUUCCUCGUGACACUUGCAUUGCUUCCUAUAGCACAAAUGCUUUGGCUGAGACCAAUUGUCGUUGGUCCCCUAAAAGGAUUGAGAUGGCAACCAGGGUCAUUGUUGAGGCCUUGAGAAAAACAGAGUUUAGAUGGGUUUCAAGGCAGCAAGUUAGAGAUGCUGCUCGUGCGUACAUUGGAGACACAGGUUUGCUAGAUUUUGUGUUGAAGUCAUUAGGAAACCAUGUCGUAGGAAACUACUUGGUUCGUCGAAGCUUGAACCCUGUCACCAAGGUCUUGGAAUAUUGCUUGGAAGACAUUUCUAAUGUUUACCCAUGUAAUGAAGGCUUGGUUAUGAAUAACAAGGUGAAGGAUAAGCACAAGAUCACACGAGUUCAACUAAUGAAAGACAUGCUUUAUUUAUACAAGUACUUUCUCACAGACCCAAAACCAAUUAUGGGAUCACAAUUUCUCUCAGCUAUACCAUUAGCGGCUAGGAUAAUUCUUGACACCAAGUAUUUUAUAAAAGAUUACUUUGGAGAUUUUUCUUCCCAAGUUGACCUAGCUUCUCAACAUAAACUCAAUCUUUAUUGCACAAUUUUGGUGAGAAAUGAUGUCAGUCAUGACCAGUACCUAAACAAGGCCUUUAUGCCACCCUAUGAGUGUAUCGCGUUGAAAACAAAUGCUACCAUCCAUGAGUUAAAACUAGAGGUUGAACGGAGUUUUAGGGAAAUCUAUUGGGGGUUAAGGAGUUUUGUGGUGGAAUCAAUUGGGAAUUUGAGUAUCAAUGACGCAACUGAAAUGGUUUUUGGACUAACCAAAGUGGGUGAAAAAAUUGUGCUUGAAGGUCGUCACACUGAGAUGAGAGUAAACAUGAUUGAACAAAUGUGUGAAGGUGAUCCAAAUGGUGGUAUGGUGGAGUGCCCCUGUGGAACUAUAGAAGAUGACGGUGAAAGGAUGGUGUCGUGUGAUAUUUGUGAGAUUUGGCAACACACUAGGUGUGUUCGAAUUCCCAAUGAUGAAGAGAUUCCUCAUAUUUUUUUAUGCAAAAAGUGUGAACAAGAAAUUUGA